AUGUCGCACGUCACGGCGGACUUGGAGUACUUCAAGUGCGACAUGUGCGGCGUGUACCUGCAUAAAGACAUCUUCUGCGACCACCGGCGCGAGUGUAAAGGUCUCGACUCGACGGAGCUGAAGAAGAGCGAGUGCCGCCAGAUCGAGAUGGAAUUGGACCAGGAGACGCGGCGCCGGCUUGCGUCGCGGGCGGUGGAUGGGGCAACUCUCGUGCCCGUCGAGCUCGCGGAGCGACAGCAGCAGGCACGCGUGCGGCGGACUGUGGCGGACUCGUACCAGGCGGAGGUAGACAAGGCGCUGCAGCAGCAGCUCGCCCCGGACAAGAUGGAGUCGCUUGCCGCCUUUCUGCGGGAAUGA